CCUGUAACCACACAUUCUGCUCAAACCGCUCCCACAGUCACACAGACUACGCCAUCCGCCUCUUCUCUCUUGAAUACUGGUCAUGUUUCAUCCGAUCAUCAAACUCAUUCUGGGCAGUCAUUAUCACAGGUUUCGAAUCAGUCUAGCAAGUCACAUACUGGCCUUUCAAUUCGUCAGUCUGGUGGGCUUCCUUGCUCCUCUACGACUCAACCGAUACAAGCUAACUGCUCUGUAAUCGGACCUUCGCAAGUUGGACAUUCUAGUCGUACUCCCAACAACGGUGCCUCUAAUUCUAGUGGUCUUGGACCUGGGCUAGAACGGCCUGCAGGUGGCAACAGAAAAUCCUCUGCCUGUCCUGGUAGCAUUAGUAAUACUGGUGUUGGUACCGGUGGAGGCGGGGCUUCUGCACAUCGAGGUGGCUCCCGAGGCUCUGGUCGACGGGCUCAUCAGCAUUCCCAUCCGCAUACGGCAUCAGGGCAGUUGCAUUCUACUUCAUUCCAGCCUGAUAAUAGCUUGGAGGUUGACGGUCGAUCUAAGCAUGGGGCCUCAUCUCAGGUUGGUUCGUUUUCUCAUUAUUUUAUGUAG